AUCAACGUAGAGAGAUCAACACGAGAGCACACGAGUCACAUUUAGUUCGUCGACGUUUCCGAAGUACGGUUAGACCGUGUCGGUAUCUUGAGUUGAGACAAGCACGUAUUAUUUUCGUUAUUUUAAUUGAAAAAGAAGUUCACGAAUAACGACCAUCUAAUAUGUUUUGGGCACUGAUAUUGGAACCGCACAAGCGUUACUCGCAAUGUGUGAAAAAUGCGUUCCACGUGUCCAUGGCGAGUUUAGAUCUCGCGAUGUCCGGUGAUAGCCCAGUACAAGUAAUGGUAAAUUAUAAUAACAAAAAUUUCCUGCUUUGUACUUUGAACAAGAGUUCGACAUGGCAAGUUCCACUUGACUUAAAUUUUGAGAAAGAAACUUCUGUAACGUUUUUGUGUAAUGGUCGAGGUCAUGUACAUUUAACUGGAUAUAUGCUUCCACACGAUGAUUGGACUGAUUCUGAGGCUUCUGAAGUAGAAGAAGAGCAAGAUAUAGAUACAAAUGUUGAAAAACAUUCUAAGAGAAAAGCUGAAGAAUUAAAAGAAACAAAAAAUACAAAAAAGGCAAAACAAACCGAAAAAAUGUUUAACAAUAAAAGCAAUAAUCAGGAUAUGGAUGAUAGCAUGGAUGAGGAUGAUACCUUGGAAGAUAGUCAGGACGAAAACCUGUAUCAUUACUUCAAAGAAAGCUUGAAUAGUGACGAAGAUGAAGAUGAAAGUAAAGAUGAUGAAGAUGAUGACGAUGAGAAUGAAGACGAGGAUGAAAGUGAGGAUGAAGAGGAAGAUGACGAAGAUGAGGAUGAGAGUGAGGAUGAAGACGAAGAUACGGAUGAGGACGUACAGCAAGGACAAAAACAGAAACAUAAACAGAAGAUUGUACAAAAAUCAGUCAAAAAUCACUUAGAAGCCACAAAAUCUCAACAAUCUGCAACCAAUCAGAAAAAGAACCAACAGCAAAAUCAGAAACAAAACCAACAACAAAACCAGAAGAAAAACCAACAACCGAAUCAGAAACAAAACCAGCAACAAAAUCAGCAAAAGAAGCAGGAUAAGCAAAAACUAGUAAAUGGAAAAGACGAAGUGGCAAAGCAAGAACAAUCGAAAAAACAAAAGAAAGCUCAAAAUGAGGUAAAAAAGAGAACCAUAGAAGGUGGUGUGCAAGUUGAGGACGUUAAACUCGGCAGUGGUAUACCUGCACGACAUGGUAAAAUGGUCUCGGUUUAUUACGUGGGUCGUUGCAAGAUUGGAAAGGAUGACAAGAAAAUUGACGCGUGUAUGCAGGGCAGUGGUUUCAAGUUUCGACUUGGUAAAGGAGACGUUAUCAAAGGAUGGGACAUAGGAAUUGUUGGAAUGAAAGUCGGUGGGAAACGUCGUCUUGUCAUACCACCUAAUAUGGCAUACGGAGCUAAAGGGUCUCCUCCUACAAUUCCUAGUAAUAGCACACUUACAUUCGACAUUGAACUUAAAAACGUUGAUUAAAUGUUAACUCUUGUGUAAUUUACGUAUUUAUUAAGAACAACUUGAACGUCUCAUAAACAUACUUCUAUUUUGACUGACAAAUGUUACGUUGUUAUCAUUCCAUAUUUUAAGCUUUUCUCAAAACUACUCGGAAGUUAAUAAUAAAAUAAAUAGGUAAAUAGAAAAAAAAAGUUUACAACGCAUUAUAUAUAAAGAUGUUCUGAAAAUGUGAUGCGGCAUUAAGCAGCGUAAUAUAGUUUAAUACAAUUUUUUACUUAUACGAAAACAUGUAAAACUUCUGGAAAUUUAUACUUAUCUCGCAUUAAGCGUUCUCUAAAAAGAAGUUAACGAUAUUCAUAAAUAAAGAAGGCAUUUAUAGGCAG